GCCUAGGCCGUUAAUGUCCCUAUUAAGUAGCAAAAUGUUUUUGCAAUUACUUCUAUUGAUUAGUUGUUCCUUGACUAGUCUAUGGGGAUUUUCGUUUCCAGCCGCUGCCUACUGUAAUCUACCAUAUUGUCAGAUGAACAAUUUGGUCUGCCAGAAUCCCGGCACUUUAAGCCCAACAUGCGAUCGAAAUGCCAGAGUGGUGCCAAUGGCAAGUUAUCAAAACGAUUUGGUAUUCAUGAUCAAUGAUUUUCGCAAUAAAGUGGCUGCUGGAUUACCAAACUUUUUGCCAGCCGGUCGCAUGGCCCGCAUAUCCUGGUCCAAUGAGUUGGCUCAGUUUGCUAAGUUCGAUGUGUUGCGUUGCACGGAAUUACCCCGACCCUGUAUGACAUCACCGAAUUUUCCCAAUAUUGGUAGCAUCUCGAUGCAUCAUUCAUAUCCUGGUGACAGGCGGGAUGAGUUGACUGUGAUGCAGGAUAUCAUUGGAUCAUGGAUACUUGAUAGUCGCUAUGUGACCAGAAAGCAAGCCUAUUUCUUGAAUGAACGUGCCGAUGGCAGAUCUGUCUUUCGACCAGCUCUCCUGAUGAAUGAACACAAUACUCACAUGGGUUGUGCUGCCAUCAAAUAUAAAGCUGAUCGUUUCAAUAACUUUCUAUUGAGUUGUACCUUCUCAACGGUCAAUUUGAUGAAGAAACCCAUAUAUAAACCAGCCAGGCAACCAGGAGCCAAUUGCAAGAAUCGCGAUGCGGAUUAUUCAAACCUUUGCGCCGUGGGCGAGUUCUACUCUGAGAAUCGCCAAUAUGCUGAUUCUAGGCUACUAAUGGAGCUAAAUUAGGGCUUGGUUUAAAAAAGGAAAAGAAAAUAAAUAAAAAUAAAUAUA